AUGGCCGAACAGGAAGAACACCACCACCCUCAUCGAACAAAGGCCUCGGCUAAUAUCAAAUCGGCUAGUGAUGGAUCUGUAUCACAAGUGAAUGUUAAUGUAUCCGAUUUAGAUGGCAUAUUUAAUACUAGUGGUAAUCCACCAAGUACAACAACAAUUAGUACAAUUGCUGUACAAGCUGGUGAAUCUAGAAUUGUUUUGGCUAUUCUUCGAAGUUCAGAUAUUGUUCGAGUACGUAUACAACAAAUGGAACCUGAUUUAAUGGAUAUUGGUUCAAAUCUUGGUGAUACAAUUCAAUAUCAAACUGUUCAUGAAGAAUUAAUUAGUAAACUAAGAGCUAAACAAGAUCAAAUAACAGAAUUGUUGACGCGAGCAGAUGAUCUUGUCAUUCAACAAAGAUCUUAUAAUGAAGUCUAUGAAGCUAUGGCACGAAGUUUAGGUGAAGCAUGGAAAGAACUUAAUUUACAACUUGAAGGUCGAAGAAAUUUAUUAAAUCAAGCUAUACGUUAUCAUACAAUGGCUGCUCGAUUUAAUGAUCGAGUUCAAGAAGCUCGUUCAUGGUUUAAUUCAUUAGAACAUGCAAAUUUUGAUAAUAAAUCAUUAAAUAUAUUAUUUGACGAAUAUGAUUUAUAUCGAAAAGAAAUUUUAGAAGUAUCAUUAGAUACAUUAAACGAAGGACAAUUAUUACUUGAACAUAUUAAAAAUUUAGGUGUAUUAAUUGAAUCAAUAAAUCAACAUUCAACUAUUGCUGUAUGUUAUGGAAUUGAACAUUUACUUGGUAUACAUCAAGAUGAACGACGUCAAUUUGAAGAUGAAUGGGAAAGAAAUCGAAAAAUAUUACAUGAAUAUAUACAAAUGUCUGAAAUAAAAUAUGAUAUUGAUCAAAUAUUCGAUUGGUUAGAAAAACAAGGUCAAAUUCAUUUAGAAAAUACUGAUCUUGGACAAUCAUUAGAUGAUAUUGAACGAUUACAAAAUAUUCAUAAAGAUAUUGAAAUUGAAUCACAAGUUAUACAUGAUCAAGUUCUACGUUGUAUGCGUGCUGUUGAUACAUGGGUACAUACGGGUUUAAUACGAGCUGAUCGUUUACAUGCACAUGCUCAUACACUUUUAGUUCUAUGGGAAAAAUAUGUACUUAAACUUGAUAUUCGUCGUCGAUUAUUAAGAUUAGCACAUCAAUUUUAUACAAAUUCAAUAAAUGCAUUAUCAAUACUUGAUUCACUUGAUAAACAUCUUUCAACAAUAUCAUUCGAUCAUUUACUUUCCAGUGAAGAUCUUAUACGUGAAUGUAAUCAUAUCAAUGAUGAAUUAAUUCAAUCAACAGAAAUUCCACUUCGUCAGGGACAUAUUUUAUUAGAAAAAAUUCAAACAAAUAAUUAUAAUUCAAAAAUAUUCUAUGAACGUGUUUGUGAUUUAGAAAAAUGUAUUGAAAAUAUACGAAAUAAAUUACGAAAUGAAUAUGAUAAAUUAGAUCGACAAGGAUCAUCAUUAUAUCAAACAUUUGAUAAUGAAUGUACAACAAUGCAAUCAUGGUUAUUUAAUGUAGUUGAACAUUUUCUUAAUGCAAAUAAAUAUUUAAUUGAUCUAAAUAAUCCAAUUGAUAUAACAAAACAAACAAAUGAUUUUUUAGAAUCUCAUCAACAAAUUAUUGAACGUGAUCUCAAGCGUCGUGAAGAAGAUAUUCAUCGUCUUGGAACAUUAGUUCACGAAUUACAAUCAAGUAAUGAUCGUAAUUGGCAAAUAGCUCGAACACGAUUUGAUAAUCUAUUUAUUUUAUGGCAAAAUUUAUCUGAUAAAAUAAUUCGACGUCAUACACUUGCUCAAUCUUAUGUAGAUUUUCAGAAUCACGCUGAACAAUUAUCCAAUGGUUUAGCUAGUAUUGAUGAUGUGAUACGGUAUCGUGAUAAUAUUGAUCUAUUACCUGAAUCAGCAGUAAAACAUAUUGAAGAAACUUGGUCAAAUUUACGAAAUAAUUAUCAUGAAAUAAUUGAAAAUAGUAAACAUAUUCGUCAUGCUUUAGAAACGGAAUCUGAACAACUUAGUUUACAAUUAAAUGAUACUUAUCGUACAAUAUUUAAUCAAUGUGAACAAAUAACUCGUCGUUUUGAACAAAUAUCUUUAAGUUUUGAUUCAUGGAUUCGAAAAUUAGAAAAUUUAAGAGAUUUUAAAAAUCAAUGGCAACAAUUUAUUGAAAGUGCAAGACAAACAAUUGAUAAAGUUUAUCGAUUUGAAUUAAAUAUUGUUCCAACACAAAUUUCAAUAAGUGAUAAUGUUGAAAAAUAUCAACGUUUCCUUAGUGAUUUUGCAAAUCGUGUUCAAGAAACAACACGUGAAGUUGAAGAUCGUUUAAGUACAGCUGAACAAUUAGGUAUGCGUGGUGAAACAAGUGGACAAAAAGAACAAAUUGUUAAUGAACUUGUUAAAGCUCAUCAACAAUAUUUAACACGUAUUAAUCAAACACGUAGUUUUCUACAUACAAUGAUAAAUUAUUAUAAAAAUACAUCAAAAAUAGAAACACAAUUUAUUAAUAAUGAACGAAUUAUAUCAUCAUUACCAAAUGAUAUUCGUAGUACAGAAGUUUUAGUAAGACAAUAUGAAGCUGAACGUGAAAAAAUUAUUCAAACUUAUGAACAAUGUCGACAAGAUGCACAAUCAGCUGAAAAUAAAGCCAAACAGUGUGGAGUACAUUCAUUUAUUGAUGAAAUUUAUACAAAACAAAAUGAAAUCGAAUCAAAAUAUUCUCACUGGCAACAACAAAAUGAAGAAAAUCGAUCAAAAUUAAAACAACGUGUUGAAUGGUGUCAAUUUCUAGAUGAUAAAUACAAAAUUGUUUAUGAAAUUGAUUCAUUACAACAGGAAAUUGAUAAAAGAAAACGAACUAUUCCUCAAACAUAUAAAGAAGCUCUUAAUCGUACUGAAACAAUUCAUGAAAUCAAUCGUCUUUAUGAUAGUUGUGAACGAGCUGUUCGAAGAUUUCGUACAACAGCAGAAAUAAUGAUUGAACAAAAACAUCCCGAACAUGAACAAGUUGAACAUGAAAUAAAAGAUAUUGAAAACAAAUUAUCAACUAUCUAUAUAUCCAUUGGAAAUUAUCGACAACAUGUUGAUAAAACAACUACUUAUUAUAAACUUAUUGAUGAGAUUGAACGUUGGCAUCAAGAAUCAAGUCAAUUAUUAAUUCAUAUUGGUACAGAAAUAAUGCAUUGUCAAACAGAAUAUGAUGCAAAACAACUUCUUGAUCAAGUUUCUAUAGCUAUUGAUCAAGGAAAAGAAUAUGAACAAGAAAAAAUGAAAUAUAUUAGUACAUUAGCAGUCGAUAUUUUUGGUUCUGAUGAAGGUCAACAUCGAAUAAAAUAUGUUACAGCACGAAAUAUUGAAUUAAUAAAUGCAUUUAUUAAAGUUCAUCAAGAUAUAUCAGUAGUUCAACGUAAUUUUGAACAUCGACAAGAUUAUAUUAAAGAAAGUAUUUCAAUUAAUAAACAACUUCCAGUUUUUGUUAAACCAAUGAAAGAUACAACAAUUAAUGAAGGAACACGGUUUACAUUUGAAUGUAUUAUUGAUGGAAAUGAACCGAUUAAUGUAACUUGGCUUAAAGAUCAAAUAAUUAUUUCAUCAUUAACACAUGAUAUACAAUAUGAACGUGGUUUAGCUACUUUAACACUUGUUGAUGUACAAAAAGAAGAUUCAGCAUAUUAUACUUGUAGAGCAAGUAAUAAUUCAGGAACUGUAGAAAGUUCAGCUUAUCUUAUUGUUAAAGUUGGAACAUCAUUGAUUAAUGUUGAUACUAAAUAUCAACAUUAUCAUGCUCCAACAUUUAUUGAACCAUUACGUUCACAAGAUGCUUCUAUUGAUUCAACAGUUGUUUUUGAAUGUAUUGUUUAUGGUGAACCAACUCCACAUGUUAUAUGGGAACAUGAUGGAAUUGAAAUAUGUAAAGGUUAUUCUUUAUCAGAUUUAACAUCAAAACAUCAAUUAUAUCGUUUAAUACUUCAACAUGUUAAAUUAAGUGAUUGUGGAGAAUAUGCAUGUAAAGCAACAAAUCUUAGUGGUGAAGCAACAUCAGUAGCUGAUCUUCAUAUUUAUUCUAAUCAACAGCAACAACAAUAUGGUAAAUAA